CCGACACGACCAUCAGCUGAUGUGUGUUCUGAACAUUCAGAGGACACCAUACACAGGUUCCAAAAUGUUAACCAGGUGGUUAACGUUCACAGCUUUUUUGGCCGCUUCAGCGAAUCCAGAAAGAGCAGGUAUUGGCCGGGCCGCUGCGGCCGUCGCACCUACCCGCGGGGUCAAAGGUCGUCCAGGGGAAGAGCUGACGUUAAACUGUGGAGACGGAACCGACGCAGGUGAGGUGCAGUACUGGCACACCCCCUUUGGAGACGUCCAGCCCUCGGGGUUCCACAGCGAACUGGACCCUGUGUUCAUGCACCCUGACGGGAGCUUGGCGCUCCCCAACAGCAGCGUGCUACACAGCGGCCUGUACUACUGCCUCCUGCAGCACGCAGAGGGAGCUACGCUGUGGCCGUACCAGCUUCAUGUCGGCCCCGAGGACCUAGAGCGCCCCGAGUAUAGGCAGGGUGAUGCGUUCAGGUUCGGGAGGGAUGUCGGGUCCGUGGAGGAGAGGCAGGCAGCAGAUGUUUCCGAGGGGCAGUUUGCAGCAGCGGUAGCGGCAUCGGUGCUGCUGACGUUUGUGCUGGGCUUCAGCGCCGGAGCUCUGGCCAGGACUCAUGUUCUCAGGUGUUUAGGGGCGGUCGCUACUAGGUUACGAUCGCCACGGAAACGAUGCCAAACUGACAAGCGGGACCACGGCAGCACUGGGGUCACCGUGACAACCCUGUCGGCCACGCACGGCGCCGAUCAGGCCUUCGAGAUGGCAACCACCACCACACCCCCCCCCAACAAACCUCAGAGAAGCUUCCGGCAGAAACGACAGGAGGAGACCACGGCCGACCUGGAGGGAUGUGACCACGGGAAAGACGGAGAGAAGGAGAAAACGGAGGAGGGAGGGAGAGGUCUGACGGAAAUGAACAAAGGGUGUGAGGUGGAGGAAGAGGAGGGAAGAGAGUUCAGAGGUUUUGAUCUAUCAGGGGUGGAUGGAGGGAGUCAAACGGGAAGAGGAAAUGGAAAGGAGCGCAGUGAGAAAGAUGGGAGAGAAAGCACGGAGGAAAAGAAAGAAUGGAGGCAGGCAGAGGUGGAGGAGGUGGAUGAGAAUAGGAGCAAGGAGGAUGGAGAAGAGAGUAAAAGUUUCAGCGACAAUCAGCUGAUACAAUACAGCAGAUGGCACUUCACCAACUUUAUCAAUCUGAUUUAA